AUGUCUACUCGUAUUUUGAAGUUUGAUAAUGAAAAAAAGAAGAAAAAAAGAGAUUAUAGUAAAAACGGAUGCAGAGAAUGCAAGCGACGUAAGAUAAAGUGUGACGAGGCAAAACCAGCUUGCUGGCAAUGCAAAAGGUUGAAAAAGAGCUGCUCAUAUCCUGAGGUUGGAGAAAGAGUUCUAAGAGCGUCACGGAAACUUAUGGAUAAUUAUGAUUCUUACAGAGCGCCUGAAGGAUCAAUGCCCUUUAAUACGUGUGGCCAUCACACAACCGUAGAUACGCAUAUAAAUCCUAAUAUUAGGGAUAAUCAACAACAGACUGCAGCAUAUAUACAACCACAAUCUAACAUUAGAGAAUUAUACCCACCUAGAUUAGCUCCGCCAUCGAUGUUAAAUUUACUAAACGAUACACAUCAAAGAAUUGAUCGAGAUGGCAAUGGCACAAGUUCAACUGUUGAGAUUCCUGAAAGAAAAUCCCAAUCUCUGUCUUCUACUAUUUCCAAUGAUCCUAAUAAUUUUCAAAACUUAUCUGAAGAACGAUCAGGCUCCUCAUACGCUACACCUGCUACAGGUCACCCGAUCGAUAACAAUAAUAUGCUACUUUUAACUUCGGAUGGAUUCUAUGAUAAUCCGGAAGACCUUAACUUAUUAGCCACUGACUUAAACGAUAUUGUUAACAGUUUUAUGUUCGAAGCUAAUUUUGAUACUAAAAUGCAUGACAAUGACUUUCAAUCGGUGGACACUUUCUUUGAUGAGCUCAUAUCUAAGGAUAAAGAACCUGAUGGAGAAUUGAAUAUGAAUACUAAUACUAAUGAAGAGUUUGAUGAACCAAUUCCAAGACAUAUUCCUAUAGACUUUAUCAAGGUUAAAACUAAAAGAGAAGAAAAAUAUCUUACAGGCUUUUACGAUAUAUUUGCAGAAAUAAUUCUUCCUUUCAAUUCUUAUGAUGACAAAGUAAAAGCUUUUUUCAAUCCAUUGCGAGACAUUUUGCUUAAAUGUGCGUCAGGAGAACCGUUUCUUCUUGCAGGUAUAUUGGCACUGGGAGCUAAAGCAUGUUUCGAAAAAACCAACUUGCCAGAAGAUGAGGAAGCAUUUUUUAAGUAUCUUUCAAAAUGUUUGAAAAUGCUUGAGCCAUCAUUGAAGAAUAGGGAUGAUAAGGAUAAGAAAUUAUGGGCAUCUAAUAUAGAUUCUGUGUUAAUCACUGUCUUAUUAUUAACUGGUAUAAAUGCAUUGAGUUCCAAACAAGAAUGGAGACCACACUUGAGAGGUGCGAAAGACAUACUAUUAAGAUAUUCAUCAAAUAGUCUUAAGUAUCCGAGGCUAAGAAAUUCCAAAUUGAUGAUAUUCUGUAAAUUCAUGUUUGCAUCUUAUGAAACUUUAGCAGGUUUAAGUUCUAAAUUUGGAGGUACACUUAAGGAAUCGGAAGUAGAUCUAUUAAUUUGCGCUGGUGAUCCACAUGAAAUAAAGGCUUUAAGAGAUCUAGGGAUAGUAAGAGAUGACGGCUUUAAUUUAUUAUGUGGUUAUCAUAAUUCUUGUAUCCCUCACUUGAGAGAUUUAAUAAAAAUUUUGAAUAAGGCUAGAUCCAAGGGUAAUAAAUUUAAACCUGAUGAUACAUUUGAGUAUAUCAGAUUAAUAUCUGAAUUUCAUGCACAGACAAAUAUUGAAUUCGUUACCAAAAAAUACUUUCUACAACCUCUGGAUUUUAAAGAUGGAAUAAUUCCAGAUAAUUUGUUACUUGAAACUGUUAUGAUUAACAAUGUAGAGCAUGUGAUUAGUUGGAUGGACAUUUGCCACCAGAUUUAUGCAUUAGCCUCACUUAUGAUAAUCAUUACCCAUUGUUUUCAAUUAUCAUAUAAAUCAGCUCAAGUUCAAUCCUUGAUAUGCAAGUUAAUGGAACCAAUGGUUUUUUUGGAGUCAUAUCUGGAAGAUUUGUCAUCAAAAAAGGUUUGUGUAAUGAUGCUUCAAUGGCCAAUGUAUAUAGCUGGAAUCAACUGUAUCUCCGAAGAACAUAAGCAGUUGAUUAUGAAGUGUUUUAAUAUUUCAACUGAAGCUGGUUCCAGAAGUGCAGACCUCACACUCAAAAAAAUCAAGAAAAUUUGGGACCUCCAUACAAAUAAUAGAGAAUGGAAUGUGGAUGAUGAUGAUAUAGAUAUCGUUACUUAUUAA